AUGCGCUCCUCACUCAUCAUAUCCGCCAUUGUGGCAAUCACUCCGGUUUUGGCCCUUACCAGGUCUCCCGCACCCACAGUCACAAAUGGCCAAUAUGUCGUCAACGGCUACGCAUAUGCCAAGCGCAAGAUUUUCAACUUUGCGAGUGCCACCACCCUCCCCGAUGGCCUCUACAAAAGCACCUGGAAUAUCUCCGACCCACCAACCCAUCGCUUCGACGCGUCGAACGUCGUGGUCGGCGGUGGCUACAUGAACCUGAAGGUUCCUGGCGGUCAGACGGCAAUGCCCUACAGCUCUGCUGAGGUUUCCACAACCUUUGACGUCAAUUACGCUUCUGUCCGUACUGUUGCGAUAUUCAGUGAGCCUGCUGGUGUCUGCAACGGAGCAUUCUUCUACCAGAGCGAUACCCAGGAGACUGACAUUGAGUGGCUUUCCGAUCCAGCUUCCCUCAGCAACCAGGGAACUCGCUACCUCUGGCUCACAAACCAGGAUGCCGACGGAGAUGGUGUCAAGACGUACAACGCCGUCUCACCCCCUGCCAACCCGACUUCCACCGAGCAUGAAUAUCGUCUGGACUGGACUCCUGGCAGUGUCACCUGGUACGUUGACGGUGUCCAGGUUUGGACUACCACCGGCGAUGUGCCCAGCGCCACCGGUCCCUGGGUCUUCAACAACUGGUCCAACGGCGACAAGGGCUGGAGUGCCGGUCCUCCCGCCACUCAGGCGGACUUCAAGAUCAAGGAUAUUUACAUAUACUACAACCAGUAA